AUGAAAGUAGCUUUGUUAGGAAAAAAUAAAUUGUGCCUUGUCGAUGGAUCGACAUCAAAAGAGGAUUUUGGCUCUGGGCUAGCACACCAGUGGGAUCGAUGUAAUGCAAUUGUGACUUCGUGGUUGAUGAGCAAUGUUAGUAAGGAUUUAGUGACUGGAGUACUGUUUUCGUCUAAUGCUUGUACAGUGUGGGAUGCAUUCAAGGAGCAAUUUGAUAAAGUAAAUGGAUCGAGAUUGUACUAUCUGCACAAGGAGAUUUUUACUAUGACUCAAGGAAUUUGUUCUGUUUCUACCUAUUUUACAAAGCUCAGAGAUCUAUUGGCAGAGUAUGACUCCAUUUUACCACCACCUGCAGCAGCUGAGUAUGUUGAGCAGCUGGAGUACCAACGUUUGUUGCAGUUUCUCAUGGGAUUAAGUGACAGCUUUGAACAAGCUAGAAGUCAGAUCCUCUUAAUGCCUACUCUGCCGUCUAUCAACAAAGCAUAUGCCAUGGUAGUUCAAGACGAAAGUAGGAGGAUGAUUACUGGUGUCAAUUAUGGAAAUGCAGGGAACAUUGAGCCUACUGCUCUAUUCACUGCACAAUUAGGAAUCAAGCAAAGGAGAAAUUACAGUUUGGAGUGUGAUUUUUGCCACUUAAAAGGACAUACUCGCAAAGACUGUUAUAAACUAAUGAAGUGUGAUUUUUGUAAUGAAACAGGACAUUUGAAGGACAAAUGCUACAAAAUUGUGGGUUAUCCUCCAGAUUUCAAGCCAAAGGGAAAGGCAAAUGCUGUACUUUUCAAUGAACAGCCUCAAACCACACAGGUGGCUAGUCAACAAACGAGCAAUGGAACAGUACCAGCUCAGUUCUUCACACAAAACCAGUACAACCAGUUGUUAUAA